CGAAAAAAAGUCCGAGCUCUACCGCAGAUUUUUUUUGAGAGCCGUUGUCGCUGCCUCUUCCCCUCUCCUCUCUCGGCCUGUUGUUCCUCUCUUCUCUCAGAGCCUCUCCUCUCUCGCUCUCUUGUUCCUCUCUUCUCUCAGAGCCUCUCCUCUCUCGCUCUCUCCUUCCUCUCCUCUCUCGCUGCCUCUUUCCCCUCCGUCUCCUCUUCCCCUCUCCUCUCUCAGAGCCUCACCUCUCUCGCCUCUCCUUCCUCUCCUCUCUUGCUCUCUCGCUCUGUCGUUCCUCUCCUCUCUCGCUCUCUCUUUCUUCACACGCAGGCCUUCAGACACCAUCUUCAACAGGAAAUUUCUGUUCUUCCCUCUUCGCUGGAACAUUACUCAGGGUUCAUCGAGCUGGGCCACAAGAGCAUAUAUAUUUCAAACCUCAAGAAGUAAAUGCAGCAAUAGUUACAUGUGGAGGCCUUUGUCCCGAUCUUAAUGAUGUUAUUAGGCAGCUGAAAUGGCAAUGAAACACUCCAAGGCCGAGAAGGAGGUUGUGUACGACAAGAAGUUGUGCCAGUUCCUGGAUCGGUACAGCCAACUGCCGGUCGCCACACUCGAUCCUUGAAACUCUCAACUUUGUGUGAAACCCUCCAUCCCUUAAACCCUUGACUUGAUUGAGGGUUUCUCUGAAACCUUUGAGCGUAGGGUUUUAGAAACCCUCCCUCGAUUCGAGGGUUUUGAUCUUGAUCACCCUGUAUCGAGAUUGAGGGUUUUUUUGAAACCUCAAAGCCCUCCUUGACUGAGGGUUCUGAAACCCUUCAUCGAGGUUUUCAUGAGUUUCAAGUUUAUUGAUCUCUAAUUAUUUUAUUUUUCAAAUUUUUUUUAUGUAUACCUCAUACCACCUUCGACCUCCGCAGGAAGCAACACCAACACCUCCUUCCACCGCUUCCAUGUCCCUUCAUAGCAGAAAGCGCCUUUUUUCUACGUGUCUCUAGCUAAUUGAGUCGACGAGUCGAGCUCGAGCUUGCUUAUCUCGGGCUUGACUCAGCUCGUGUUCACGGGUGAUGGAGAACAAAAGCUCUACUGGGAGCAAUUCAGGUUCUCACUCCUGGUGAACCGAAGAUCAGGCAUGCUUGAAGACUAAGUAGUGGGCAUAUGAAGGGGAUCACCUUGCUAAGCUCUUAAGUCUCAUCUUGCUUGUUAAUGCUUUGGUUUGAACCAUGGGUAAGAAGGAAGGCAGGAAAAAAGCAUUAACAUGCAAUUUUAAUUCGGGACCACAAACAAUUCGUGAUGAAAUCAGAGGUAAAAAUGAGUCACAUGUCAAAAGACUCCAUGAUGUCAAUGGAGUGCUAAGAUUGAAACAUCUACAGAAGAUUGCAUUAUGGACUGGUGGGGAAGCUUCAAGCCCUUCCUUUGGUGCUUAUUUUGGAUAUCAACUGGCAUCUUCUCGUGAGGCACUUGGGAUCAGAACUAAUGAUCCCUCAAUCAUUUCUUGUCAAAGGUGUGAAGCACUUCUGCAGCCUGGUUUCAACUGCAAGGUUCGCAUUGAGAAGAAUGCGUCCAAGAGCAAUUACAAGUCGAAGAAGUCCUUGUUUCAAAACAAUUCAGUCUAUAUAUGCCAAUUCUGUUCUCAUAAGAACUUGAAACCAGGAAGCUGCAAAGGUUACUUGAAGUCACUUACAGCAUCAAAAUUAGUUUGUAAAUCUGGGUCUGGGACUAAAAUUGUGAACAAGACAUAUGCGUCCAAUGUUAUUUUGCCAGGAACACCCAAAAGCAAUCUGCCAGACGUGCCUUCUGUUUCUCCAGACAAGAUGCUGCUUUCAGCUAAAAGGGACUCUGAUUCCUCGGGGAUAAACCACUUGGGGUCAAAUCUUGAAAGUAAUGUCGAUGCAGCUGGGCCGGCAGUUCCAGUGGAAAGCCAUAUACCAGCAACGUUGUUCGCCAAUAAAACGCAGGAACCAACAUCAGGAAGUGUCAAAAGCGAGUCUCAUUUAUUGCAGCAUGAAACUGACCCUGUAGUGGAGACUGACAGGUCGGAGAAAGAUGGUGCAGAUAUGCAGGAAAUGGCUUUGCAAGUAAGUGCCCAACCUUUCUCAGGAAGAAUGAUUGGUGAGUCAUCAACUAAAAAGCGCAAAAAAAGGAAAUGUUCAGGUGAUACUAGUUCGGUUCAGCCAGAAAGUUCCACCAGUCUACUUGGUCAAGAAAACACUAAUUCUGUUAGACGUAGGAGGAAAAAUUCAUGGUCAAGUUUGAAGGAGCUCAGCCACGAGGAACAAACCAAAGGAGAACGCUAUGGUGAUCUGGGAGGCAUUUCUAUUCCAUUUUCAUUGUGAAUUUUUUUAUUGGAAGUAUUGAAUGUAUUUUAUUGUUCUGGGAGACUUGAAGAGGUUUUGUCUUGGUUAAAAAAGAAUUCUCCUCAUAUUCUUUGGAACAACACUCCUAUUUGCUCUGUCUUUGUCAUCUUUGAGGAGUAUUCAACAUUUUAUGAACCUUAUCUACACUUUGAAUUUGGAAGGCUUAGCUGUUGGACGGCAUUUACUAGUA